CAGAACAUGAUUCCCGGAAAAUGAAAACUCAAUGGCCACAAGUGCGGCACUAAUUAAUACCGCCGGAACAGCGCCGAAUCUGCGAAUCUGAAAACUCGAUCUCAUCCAGUGACCCCGCCUCGUGCUGUCGCCAAACUGGCAAGUGUGACCCAGCAGUGUGGGCGCGGGGUUAUUUGCUGCAAGAUGCUGUGAGAACAACCAAAUGCAAACGCCGCUUCUUCUCAUCCCAGACCCUGCAUAUUAGUAGUGCUUCGACUGCAUCUUAUUCCUUUCCAUCAACCUCACCUCAUCGAUAUUCACAGUCACCUCUUUAAAAGAUGCCAGACGAAGUGCUCAACGAUAUCUCCCACCGGCGGUACAACCCCCUCACCGGAUCAUGGCUGCUGGUCUCCCCUCACCGGACUAAGAGGCCAUGGCAAGGAGCACAAGAAACCCCCUCCAAGAACACCCUCCCCUCGUACGACCCCAAGUGCUACCUCUGCCCCGGCAACAAACGUGCCCAAGGAGACAGCAACCCCCCCUACAAAAGCACCUUCGCCUUUGUGAACGACUACUCCGCCGUCAAGGAAACCCAGCAAGACUACCAUCCGGAAACCAACAAGGACGAUGUUGCCUCCCUCCUCCUCCAAGCUCGUCCCGUCACCGGCAGGUGCUACGUCCUCACUUUCUCCGCCAAACACGACGCCACCCUCGCUGAUAUGACCCCCGAGGAAAUUGUCCCCGUAAUUAACACAUGGACUCGUAUCUACGCCUCCCACCUCUCUCCCUCCCACCCUCUCAAUAGCCAAGCCGCCUAUGUCCUCUCCACUAUCCCAGAGAACCCAGACGGCGAAGUGACCCCCCCAAAGCACCAGCUCAAGAACAUGCAAAUAUUUGAGAACAAAGGCGCUGCCAUGGGCUGCUCAAACCCUCAUCCUCACUGCCAGAUCUGGACUACCAGCACCCUCCCUGAGGAACCAGGGAAGGAGUUGGUUAAUAUGAGAAAAUACAAGUCCGACACAGGCCGGCAUCUGCUAGGCGAUUACGUCAAGCUUGAGCUAGAGAAGAAGGAGAGACUAGUCUGGGAAAAUGACUCCUUUGUUGUUGUCUGCCCGUGGUGGGCUCUGUGGCCGUUUGAGGUGCUCAUCAUCUCCAAGCGUCAUGUGAGGGCGCUGGUGGAUCUGGAUGAUAAGGAACGGUUGGAGUUUGCGCAGGCGGUGCAAGAGGUCGCGAGGAGGUACGAUAAUUUGUUUGAGACGAAUUUUCCUUACAGUUCUGGCAUUCAUCAGGCGCCGCUGGAUUGCACGGAAGAGGAGGCGGAGACGAGCUGGUUCCACAUGCACUUUUACCCUCCGUUGCUGAGGUCGGCCACGGUGAAGAAGUUUUUGGUUGGGUAUGAGCUUAUGGCUGAGCCGCAGAGGGACAUUACGCCGGAGCAGGCGGCUGCGAAGUUGAGGGAUUGUGGAGGGGAGUUGUACCGCAAGUCGCUGCAGUGA